AUGCGCAGCCCCGGCUCGAAAGCGGACGGCGCCCUCCCUGUCGACCGUCCCGCGCGGCGACCGUCCUUGACAGGGGGCAGACCUUCUUCGAGGCCCUCCAGCCACUUGCAAGAUAAAACCGCGGAGUCCCUUGCUGCACUCGACGACACCGUGAGCCAGCUCUGUCGUCGAGUGCGUGGCGGGAGCGUCAGCGAACGUUCCGUCCCCGCCGUGCCCAAAGGGGCCUCUCCCAGCACGGCCCCGGUGGCAUUGCAGACUGGGGAUGGGCCGCCAUCAAUGGCCUCCACCCUGGUGACCGUGAAGCUGCUAUUCCUCCUCUUCUAUGGAUCCUUAGGAGCAGUCAUGCCUUACCUCCCCGUCUACUACCACUCCCUGGGCCUCCCCGACAAGCAAAUUGGCAUGUUGGGAGCCAUCACGCCGGCCGUCACUUUCGUUGUCGCCCCUCUCUGGGGGGCCCUGGCCGACCAAACGGGCCGACACAAGGACGUGCUUCUCUUCACCUUCGUCGCCUCUGUGGUCUCCCGCCUGCUUUUCAUCUGGCGGACCACCUUCGGAUGGCUGGCAAUUUUGGUGUUCUGCACCGCGGUCUUGAAUGCCCCCGUUCGGCCCUUGCUGGACAGCAGCGUCUUGAACCUGCUGGAGGACAAGCGGGAGUACGGGAAACAACGCCUGUGGGGCCAGUUUGGCUUCGGAUUGGCGGGCUGCAUCGUGGGUCCUUGCUUGAUGAACCACAAGUUUGGGGGGUACAAGGCCGCUUUCUAUGUCCAUGCCCUCAUCUCCCUCCCCACCCUCCUGAUCAUGCGUCGCUUCAACCCGACCCCUCCAGCCCCCGCGCCCUCUUCCCCUCCCUUACCUGUGGCCUCCACGAACAAGUCGGAAAAGUCCUCCAUGGCCAAGGAAGAGGGGCCGGGGGCUGUCGCCCUCCCUUCCAAGGCACCCUCUGCGGCCCUCUCCUCCCAGCCGGCCAAACCGCGCUUUCGAGAAGGGCUGGGUAUCGUUGUUCGAAACCCAGACGCCCUCAUCUUUUUCUUCCUUGUCUUUGUGAUCGGAGUCUCGAGCGGCGUCAUAGAGAACUUUGCCUACAAACGCUUACGGGAAGUCGGAGGGGAAGGAACCGUGAUGGGAGUUUCGCGCUUUUUUUCCUCCGUCACGGGCGUCCCCAUGUUUUGGUUUUCCGGGAAUGUGACCCGGCGACUGAGCGUGAUGGGGGUCCUGAUCCUCUCUUUGUGCUCCUACAUUCUCCGCUUUUUCAUCUACGCGUCUAUCACCAAUCCCUGGCAAGGUCUGCCUGCGGAGGCACUCCGAGGGUUCACUUUUGCGGCCAUGUGGGCCUCCUCCACCUACUACACGCAUAAAAUUAGCCCUCCUGGAUUAAGUGCGACGAUGCUGGGGUUCUUGAACGGUAUGUAUGGCGGGUUAGGACAAUCCACAGGGGCGCUCAUCGGCGGAGGCCUGUCGCACCGUGUCGGGACCCCCCGGACGUUUGUUUUAGCGGGCUUGGCCGACAUCGUGGUGGUCAUUUGCUUUGGAACCUAUUGGUGGCUGCAUCCGAACGCAACCCGGUUAAAGGAAGAGUAA